AUGUCUUCAAUCGACGUCCACCCUCUUUCCGCAUACGAUAACGAAAAGGACAGCGAGAAGGCGAUGGGUCAUGAAACAAACGUCGCAGUCGUCGCGGUCGCCGCCCUCCACGACCCCGUGUUUGGUGACCUUGAGGCGAACGGUCCCAACUACCGUGAUGUCGGUUGGUUGGGUACCGCAGUUUUAAUGGUCAAGGCCACCAUUGGUCUCGGUGUUCUUGGAAUCCCGUACUCGCUUCAAACUCUCGGCUUUGUUCCAGGCAUCCUCGCGCUGAUUGCCGUUGAAAUCAUUGUCACUUCAAGCGAAAACCACCCCGAAGUGUACACCAUGGGUGACGCUGGAAGCGUGAUGUUCGGUCGUGCCGGGGAGAUUGGCCUCGACGUGGCUUGGAUGCUCUACAUGAUCUUCUGCACCGGAAUGGCAAUGGUCAGCAUUUCCACCUCCCUCAAUGCCGUCUCCAUGCACGGCACCUGUACAGCCGUGUUUAUUGCGGUUGCGGCCGUUGUCGGUCUGGGCUUCGGGAGCAUCCGGACCCUUGGCAAGAUCACAUUCCUUGGCUGGAUUGGGGUUGCCUCAAUUACUGCUUCCAUCAUCACCAUGACUGUCGCUGUUGGAAUCCAGGACCGUCCGGCCGACGCUCCUAAGGUCGGGCCCUGGGAAAAGAAUGCUAAGGCCUUCGGCGACCCGACUUUCCCUGCCGCCAUGUCCGCCGUGUCCUCUUUCUUGCUUGCGUCCGCCGCCACGCCGACAUUCUUUGGUAUGAUCUCGGAGAUGCGUGACCCGCGCAUGUAUACCCGAGCCUUGUGCGUGGCACAAGGUACUACCUCAUGCUUCUACAUUAUCAUCGGGUCCAUCGUAUAUCACUUUUGCGGGCAGUAUGUGGCAUACCCCGCCCUUGGUAGCGCCGGCCCGCUCAUGAAGAAGGUCUGUUACGGGCUUGCUAUCCCUGCCCUGGUAGUCACCCUCACCAUCUACCUUCACCUUCCCGCCAAAUUCGUGUUUGUUCGUCUCUUGCGCGGCUCGGAACAUCUCAGUCGCAGCACCCCCACCCAUUGGAUUACAUGGUUUGGCUGCACGAUCAGCAUCACCAUUGUGGCGUACAUCAUCGCUAGCAGUAUCCCGAUCUUCUCAAGUCUCAUGGGUCUCAUUGGCGCCAGUCUCUGUCCCUUCGUCUCUGUCCUCCCCACUGCUCUCAUGUGGCUGCAUGACAAUUGGUUUGGCAACCCCCGCGAACGCACUCUCAAGGUCAAGGCAACUGCAGCGUUCGCCGUGUUUGUCUUCGCAACUGGCCUGCUAAUUUGCGGAGGCGGUACAUACGGUGCCGUUAUGGACAUCAUCAGCAGUGAGAGCGCGCGCCCUUGGUCGUGCCUCGACAACUCCAAUUCGGUCAGCUCGUAG